AUGGCACAACUCCCUGCCUUUGACUGUGCUCCUGCCAAAUCAAAGGCAGCCACCAAACCGAGAAAGAGUGCAAGCGGUGCCAGUACACGAGGCAGAAAGAAGGCGGUAUCAUCACGUGUCAGGCAGCCCGUCACUGGGACUUCGAGACAGAUCUCUCCAUCCAGUCAGCAGGUUCCAAUGGUCCUGUCCCAUCAACUCCCACUGCAAGCUUCAUAUUACCCUCCGCCACUAUCAAUGGGACCUUCCCUGCAGGCCCAACAUCCUCCUCCUUUGCCAUCAGCAAUAUCAUAUCACAAUGCAGGUCAUCGAGGAGCACAAAACAUGCACGCAGUGUCCCCAGUGCACCCUGCUCGCACAGCCCAAUUCCCCAGUUCACAACCUCCUCUGGCAAUGCACCAACCCCACACCAACUCUGGGGUUCACCUUAUGCAAGCUGUGGUCGAGCAUUUGUAUCCUCAAGCUGCUACUACACAGCAACCCCACUAUCUGUCGCAGACAAUGCCUACCACACAGGCUGGACUGCAGGCCGGCUUGAUGCAGCACACCACCAGCCAGCAUUUGUCUCUGCCACAUACUCAUGUGCAUGCACAGAUGUAUCACAUUCGCCAACAGCAAGCUCAAAUGGCUCAUGCUCAUAUGCAGGCGUUUCACACUCAUGUGCAGUCGCAGUCACAGGCACAGUACCCACCAUAUUUCUUGGACUAUUCUGCAUAUCCUCGCAGAGCAUGA